AUGCUAAGCUGCACAAGAGUGCAUAUACCAGGUUCAUCCUGUACUUCAAAAAGAAUGUCGGAAGCCAAUAUUAAUAAUCAACGCCAUCAUCAAGCAUCGAUUUACGAGGGCGUUAAUCUGCAACCCGUAAAUUUGCAUCAUCAUCAGCAACAGGGAAUUAGCAUCAAUAAUAACGAUAAUCAACAUCACGUAGUUGAAGAUGUGGUUGUACAUGAAGAUGAUGAUGUUGCCGUCGGCGAAGAAGAGUCUAUAGACAACCCUAGUCGUAUCCGCUACGACAACCACAACUCCCAUCACCAUCACCAGCAUAAUACUUUACAGAACAGCGGCAGUCUCGAAACCGGCAUGGAGGAUAUGAGCGUUCAGCCGCAUGCUUUGUAUGUACAGGACGCUGAAAUUCAGCCUGUUAGCGGUGGAGUUGCAGGUGCAGGUGGAGGUGGAGGUGCGGAUCAGCUUACCCUGUCGUUUCAGGGAGAAGUUUACGUCUUCGAUGCCGUUUCGCCUGAAAAGGUGCAAGGUGUGUUAUUGCUUUUGGGUGGUUAUGAAGUACCAACUGGUGCCCCUACUUUAGGGAUCCCCCCUCAAAAUCAAAGGGGUUUAAACGUGUUCCCUGGAAGAUCAAGUCAACCACAAAGGGCUGCUUCUUUGAGUCGAUUCAGGGAGAAGAGAAAAGAAAGAUGCUUUGAUAAGAAAAUCCGUUACACUGUACGGAAGGAAGUUGCUCUUAGAAUGCAGCGUAAAAAAGGGCAGUUUACAUCAUCCAAGGCCAAUUCUGAUGAAACAGGCUUAGCUUCUUCAGAUUGGAACGGUGGUCCUGGCCAAGAUGAAGAAACAACAUGUAGGCACUGUGGGAUCAGUUCAAAUUCAACCCCAAUGAUGCGUCGUGGGCCUUCUGGGCCAAGGACAUUGUGCAAUGCAUGUGGAUUGAAAUGGGCUAACAAGGGGGUUUUACGGGAUCUUAAUAAGGUUUUAGCAGACCCUACUACUGGAAAGACUAUUAUUGAGCAGGUGCAGAGUGGGGGUGGGGAAGGGAAUGGAAGUGAUGGUGUAAAUGUGGUUUUUAAUGGAGGAGAUGGUUCAGCUGUGACUGCUGAAAGGAUUGAAGUAAAGAAAAGGGGCCCUUGUACAAGCCAAGAUAUUACAUAA